GGGAGGGGAUUUAGGACUAACAGGUGGUCCUGAGACGUGCUGGCUGCCGCUGAGCUCAGAGCCAGCGCUGCUGUGGGUGUUCGUGGGCUCUCCUCUCUCCUCUGGAUACGUGUGCAGAGCUCUUGUUCCUGGGGUAGCAGUGGAGCCCUUUCAGCCAUGGCAGUGAGAAAUGAUCUGAACAAAACCAUCAGGAGGAUAGCACGGUUUUUUUACUGGUUUCCUAAAUCAUUGAGCAGUUCGAGGAGAAGGACGGUAAAACUUCUCUGGAAAUCUCCUGAUUGCAGGUACACCUGCCAUGCUUACUGCCAAGACCUGGUGCACCUGGGCUGCCGGCGGAAUGGAAAAUUAAUGGACUGCCUCACUACGCAUGACACCUUAGAUUCAUCUUACAGCAGUGGUCAGGAUGUUCAGAAGGAGAGAGAACCUCAUGUUUAUCUCAGUAAGGAAGAAGUUAAAGAGAAGAUACAAAGCUAUAAUUCAUCUGUCACUGAUAAAUUAAAGAUGACCUUGAACGCGAAUGGGAUUUACACUGGCUUCAUCAAAGUGCAGAUGGAACUAUGCAGACCCAUCACUGUGCAGUCCUCCCAGAGCCAGGGGAGGUACACUCCCAGCAAUCAGGAAACUGCUUUCUACUUGCCGGACGGCUGCGUGAACACCCUCCACAUCAGCAGCACCAACACUGUUCGGGAAGUUAUCGAGGCCUUGCUCAAGAAGUUCUUUGUGGCUGACAACCCUGCUAAGUUUGCACUUUAUAAACGCUGUCACAAGGAAGAUCAAGUUUAUACCUGCAAGCUGUCAGACCGAGAACAUCCCCUCUACCUGCGCUUGGUGGCAGGCCCCAAAACAGAAAUGCUCAGUUUUGUUCUACGUGAGCAUGAAACUGGAGAAGUCAUGUGGGAAGCUUUUAGUAUUCCUGAACUGCAAAACUUCUUGCGCAUACUGGACAAAGAGGAAAACGACCAGCUGCAGAUCUUGAAGAACCGCUAUGCAGCUUACAGGGUCAAACUUGAAGAAGCCCUUCGUGGGGUGCUGAAACCUGGUUAAAAAGGGGCCAAAGGACACUCAGGAAAACGCGCACUACCAAAUGUCAAUAGAGCAUGCCAAACCCAACGUACAAAGAGCAGCAGAGAGUAGUUUUCUUUGUUCAGAAGACUGUUUUGUGAUGCCAGGGUAGACUUAGUUCCAUAAGCCAGGUCACUUAGCAUCUUGCACCCACAAGUAAGGGAUUCUGCAUGUUUGUACAUCAGUUUGCAACCCUCUGUGUGCCUAGAGAAUUUCCCAAGUUAUCUUGGUGCAAGCUGUGAAACUGUAAGCAAUUUCCUAGGAUGCUAUGAAAUAAUACCUUUGUUUUUCUCCUUUGCUGAAUCUUUACAAGUAAGGAUGUGCAAAUUGAUGGGUUAAAAAAAAUUAUUAAAGCCAUUUGGAUGAGAAUUAGUUAGAGCACUAUCUUAGAGAUGAAAUUGAUUUGCACUACCUUUCUGUUUUUGAAUAGUUACUGUAUAAUUUGUUAGAGAGCUGUUAUAGGUGGAAAGCUUAUGAGAUCCUGUGGUUUGUACUGUGAAAUUGUGGAAAGGUUUUAAGUGGUCUUCGUGAAGAAAGUAAAGAGAAGGUUGAAAAGAAGGUAAGAGUUGGGGGAGAAGAACUCUAAUAGCUGUCAGGAGGCUUCCAAUGAAAAUAGUAUUUACACAGAGGAAAGUUGAAAUACUAAUUCUGCAAGGUUAAAGUUUUAGUAUGUUUUAAUAUUGUGAAUAAGUUUUAUGGUUUUUAACUGUGUAAAUCCACACUGGAAAUGAAAUAAAGAUAAUAGAAAUAGUGGGAAGGAACGAGAAGCAAAAGCUAAGUAAAAAUAGAAAUGGAGCUAAACAUACUGGUCCCUUUUGAAGAAGCUGAUUCUAUAAAGGCAUAUUCAGGGUUUGAAAAGUGUGGCAAACCUAAAAAGCUGCUUACUUGAAUUCUGAAAAGUGGUCCAUGUCUCAGAUAACUCUGUGAGAAAUACCUGUCUAGCAAGGGUGCAGGCAUAAGCUACAACUACAGAUGCAUUUGAUCUUUAUUGUAAGUCAGGUCUUCCUCUGGCCCAGUGAUCCAUUUUUAGGCUGGAUAAUCUUGAAUUACCAUAUCUGACAGACAGAAAUAGCUUCCUCUGCUUCUUUCUCUGUUAAAAGCUCAUUCCGGCAAAGAAAGUAGAAUUUCUUACUCACAUUUCCAGCCCAGCAGAACAUGAACAUUUAUUGUCUGUUUUGGUGGCUGAGCUUAGUAACUCUUGUUUUUAAUAAUUCAAAAGGUUUUUUCCCUUAUGUUUUUUAAACUCUUAAUUGAAAAACUGAUUACCAAAUUCUGCAGACUGCUGAUUUACUUGAUUUAAAAGUAGGAAAAAUGUAGCAAGAAAACUUUUUACUUUAGUGUAAAUAUAGUUGUUGUUCUUUCAGAGUUAUUUAUCUAAGAAAAAAAAAAAAAAAGCAUGUUCAAAAGAAACCAAAGAAGUGGGUGUGCAAUAGAAGCAUGGAAGCAGGAGGCAGAUUUGAGUGACUGAUACUGUAGUCAUUAUCAUGCCAGAGAGGAAAUUAGUUAUGUAUGGGAGGGUGGGGGAGUGGAGGAGUGCUAAGGAUUGAAGAGCAGCAGAAGUUGUGCUGCGGGUUUUUGCCCUCUGUUCUUAAUGUGUUCGUUUUAAAUUCCCAAGGAAUGGUUAAAACUUUGGUGACAUCUAAUGGAUACUGUGUGAAACUCCAAGAUGCUUCUGUUCUUCCCCUUAAUUUUAUUUAAUUGUGCCUUUGUUUCCUUUCCUUAGUAAGAUUCUUUUUAAAACUCUUCACAAGGAUUUUAGGUAAAAAGAAUUUGUGAGCUUAUGAGACAAUCAUAAUGUUUUAAAGAGUUAAGAGAAAUUAAGAGUAGGACUAACUAUAAAAUAUAUCUAAGGCAUAUCUUGUUUGUUUUUGUAAUUUCACAUGUAACAUUGUAGUGCAUGUGUGAGUUAGUAACAUUAUCCUCAAGUGAGACACUUUAUAAUGGUUCAGGGAAUGCUUUUGAGUUUUGUUACAAUUUGUUUAUCUAGGAAUGCAGCAGCGUGUUGGUGGGUAUUCUGUUAACAUCUGAAGUUAUGUUUCUGCCCAUAGCUAUGUAAUCAUUGCAUAAUUGCUGUCAAUAUUGAACCAUUUGUUGCUCAGAUUUAAACACUGUUUGAGUUUUAAAGUUGAGUAUAAAAAUAUGUGAAUUUUGGUUUUACUUGAACUAAACUUUCAGUCUUUUAAAGUAGGCACAUCUUCAUUUACUUUAGCCAGAAACCUCAAUCAGUGUUGUAUGCACUAUGAGUCUUGAUUUGGGGUGAAGGGGAAGGGGGUGGGGGACCAAAAUAAACUUUUAUUUUAAUUGUCUUAGUCCACAGUUAAUUAUUUUAAGAUGUCAUGUGUGGAGUUAAUUUUCUUUCUUGUUCUACACACUGGCAGUUACAGCAGCUUUAAUUUAAAAUAAAUGGUCAUGCCUGGUCAGUUUUUUCUUUUUUUAAUUUUAGCAUCAAAUUGAACUGUCAAAGCUUUUGUUGCAAAACUGUUUUCUUGUCAUUAUGUGAUGGUACCAGAAUGACUAAAUGAUGAGGGAGGGGGAAUGCAGGGAAACAUUAAAAUGUAUGUCUUUAAAUACAAACAUUUAAACUAUUUAUAAUUUUAACAAGCUUAGUUUUAUUUUUGUAGGGAAGUUUUUAUUCCCCUUAAAGUUAUUACUGAAAUGGCAGAAAAAGUGAUGGUUCCAUUAUUAAAGCUGAAGUUGGCAAUA